CUGGGUUGCUGCGGCCGGAUGUCCAGUCCUCCUGUACUCCUCGAGUCGCGUCCUGAGCUCAGACCAUCCUCGCCGUCCACGGCCAACGCUCGGCGCCCUGCUGAUUGCGGCUCUGCUCUUAAGAAAGGUGAACGAUGACGUACCAGCUGAAAUACCUGUCGCUGCGGGCCCGAGGCGAGGCCGUCAGGUGGGUGCUCAAGGUGGCUGGAGUCACCUACACGGAGGAGACCAUCGACAUCUUCAGGGAGUGGCCCGGCCGGAAACACGAGUUCAAGUUCAGGAAGGUGCCAGAGCUGGUGGUCGACGGCAAGCCGCUCCAUCAGACCACCGUCAUCUGCAGGUUCCUAGGAGAGAGGCACGACCUGGCCUCGGGAGACCUUUGGACGACCACUCGGCAGAUGGAGGUUGUCGAGGCUCUGCACGACCUCGCAAACAGCAUGGCGAGCGCCUUGAUGGCCAGAGUGCAGGGAGACGAGGAGCGGCAGAAGGUGAUGGUAGGGCUGGCAGAGGCUCAAUUCCCAGUCGUCUUGAGCAACAUCGAAGAGAGGAUAACCAACAAAGGGUGGAUUCUCUCUCAGCAGAUGACGUGGGUUGACGUGUUCAUAGCAGCUUACCUGGAUGUGUACGAAAAUUACUUCCCAGGUGAAGUGGCCAAGUUUCCCCUCUGUGAGGCUCUCCGGCGCCGCGUCCAGGACAUGCCAGUUAUCAAAGCCUGGCGAGAGGAGAGGCCGCCGUGGCAUCCCUUUGAGGAUCCCCAGGGCUUGGUGGCGCCGAGCGGUGGCCCGCCAUAGAGCCUCCAUUUAUUCUCUGCGUUUUUAUUAGUUCCAUCGCAUUCAGGAUAUGACGAACCAGUUUGAUAUUCAUAACAGCCGAGGAAAAUGACAAUCUUGAUAUAUAUAUAUAUAUAUA